GGCUAUGGCGCUGAGCGACGAGCCCGCGGCCGGCGACCCCAAAGACGAGGCGCAGGAGGAGGCGCCGGCGCUCGGGCCCGCGCUGGAGGCGUUCGGCGAGAGCGCCGAGGUCCGCGCCCUGCUGGGCGGCCUGCGGGACGUGCUGGGCGAGCGCGCCGAGCGGGAAGCGGCCGAGGAGCGCUUCCGAGUAAUAAUGGACAAAUACCAGGAACAGCCUCACCUGUUGGACCCACACUUAGAAUGGAUGAUGAACUUGCUGUUGGACAUCGUGCAAGAUAAGACGGCUCCAACUGCACUCGUACACCUGGCUUUUAAAUUUCUUUACAUCAUCACCAAGGUUCGAGGAUACAAAGUAUUUCUUCGUUUAUUUCCUCAUGAAGUAGUGAAUGUAGAGCCUGUUUUGGACAUGUUCACCCACCAGAACCCUAAAGACCACGAGACCUGGGAGACACGCUACAUGCUCUUACUGUGGCUCUCUGUGACCUGUCUGGUCCCUUUUGACUUUGCCCGCUUCGACGGGAACCUCCUCUCACAGCCGGAGUGCAGGCGGAUGCCCGUCAUGGACCGCAUACUGAGUGUCGCAGAGUCCUACUUGGUCGUCAGUGACAAGGCCCGAGACGCAGCUGCUGUCCUCGUGUCCAAGUUCAUCACACGACCAGAUGUCACGCAGAGGAAGAUGGCCGGCUUCCUGGACUGGAGCCUGUGCACCCUGGCUGGCUCCUCCUUCCACACCAUCGAGGGUGUCAUCGCCAUGGAUGGGAUGCUGCAGGCCCUGGCACAGAUAUUUAAACACGGAAAACGUGAAGACUGUUUACCCUAUGCCUGCACUGUGCUCACGUGCCUGGACAGCUGCAGACUCUCCGAGAGCAACCAGACUGUGCUGCGCAAGCUCGGGGUGAAGCUGGUGCAGCGUCUGGGCCUGACCUUGCUGAAGCCGAAGGUGGCGGCAUGGAGGUAUCAGCGAGGCUGCCGGUCUCUGGCUGCUAACCUGCAGCUGCGCACUGAGGGUCAGAGUGAGCAGAAGCCACAGGUGGAGACGUCUGACAGUGAUGAAGACUAUGAUGUCCCCGAGGGCAUGGAGAGUGUGAUAGAGCAGCUGCUUGUUGGGCUGAAGGACAAAGACACCAUUGUGCGGUGGUCUGCAGCUAAAGGAAUUGGUCGGAUGGCUGGAAGGCUUCCUAGAGAGCUGGCAGAUGAUGUGGUGGGAUCCGUGCUGGAUUGUUUCAGUUUCCAGGAGACGGACAAGGCGUGGCAUGGUGGGUGUCUGGCAUUGGCAGAACUGGGCAGACGAGGCCUGUUGCUCCCAUCACGACUCCCAGAGGUUGUUGGUGUGAUCCUGAAGGCCCUGACCUAUGACGAGAAGCGGGGUGCCUGCAGUGUGGGUGCCAAUGUCAGGGAUGCUGCCUGCUACGUGUGCUGGGCCUUUGCGCGUGCCUAUGAGCCCCAGGAGCUGAAGCCUUUUGUGACUGCCAUUUCCAGUGCACUGGUCAUUGCUGCGGUAUUUGACCGAAACAUAAACUGCAGGCGUGCAGCCUCUGCUGCCUUCCAGGAGAAUGUCGGGAGACAGGGCACCUUCCCUCAUGGGAUUGAGAUUCUGACCACUGCUGACUACUUUGCAGUUGGCAACAUAUCAAAUUGCUUUCUGGUUAUAAGCGUGUUUGUUGCUGGUUUUCCUGAGUACACCCGGCCCAUGAUUGAGCACCUGGUUGCCAUGAAGGUCAGCCACUGGGACGGAGUCAUCCGAGAGCUGUCCGCAAAGGCUCUGCACAACCUGACCCCCCGAGCACCUGAGUUCUGCGCCACUCACGUGCUCCCCAGGCUGCUGUCCAUGACACAGAGCUCGGACCUCCACAGCCGGCAUGGGGCAAUCCUCGCCUGUGCGGAAAUCAUCCUGGCGCUGCACAGGCUCGCGGGGCAGCAAGACAGGCCCCUCUCUGACUACCUGGAUGACAAGACUGUGCAGGGCGUGAAGCAGAUUCACCAGCAGCUUCGUGAUCGCCAGUUGUACAGGGGUCUGGGAGGAGAGCUCAUGAGACUAGCAGUGUGCGUUUUAAUAGAAAACUCGUCACUUUCCAGAAUGCCUUUCAAAGGUGAUGCCGUCAUUGGAGGCUGGCAGUGGUUGAUAGACGACACGCUGAGGAACCUGCGUUUGAUGUCGCGCAGCUCCACACAGAUCAAGGACACGGCUGUCUCGGCGCUGGCCGCCCUCUGCCGAGAAUACUACAUGGAGGAGCCCGGGAGGGCCAGUCCUGCUGUGCAGGAGGAGCUGGUCAGCCAGUACCUGGCCGAGCUCCGGAGCCCUGAUGAGAUGACGCGCUGUGGUUUCUCCCUCGCUCUGGGAGCCCUUCCCGACUUCCUUCUGAAAGGCCAGCUCCAGCAGGUGCUUUCGGGGUUGAUCUCUGUGACCCAGAUCUCUCCCGUGGACAUGAACUUUGCCGAGUCCAGAAGAGAUGGCCUGAAGGCCAUUGCCCGGGUUUGCCAGACCGUGGGAGUGAGAGAGGACGGUAGCCCCGAUGACACCCUGUGCAAGGAGAACGUGCCCCAGGUGUACCGUGCGCUACUGACCUGCAUGAAUGACUACACCAUGGACAGCCGCGGGGACAUAGGCGCUUGGGUCCGGGAGGCCGCCAUGACCAGCCUGAUGGAGCUGACGCUUUUGCUGGCCCGGGGCUGUCCGGCGCUCCUCGAGGCCUCCGUCUGUGAGCAGGUCAUGUGCUGCGUGGCCCAGCAGGCAAGCGAGAAGAUCGACCGAUUCCGUGCUCAUGCUGGCCAUGUGUUCCUGACGCUGCUGCACUCUGACGACCCUCCUGUUCCACACGUGCCUCACCGAGGAGAGCUGGAACAGCUGUUUCCCAGGUCUGACACAGCCUCUGUGAACUGGAACGCGCCUUCCCAGGCCUUCCCCCGUGUGACUCAGCUACUGGGGCUGCCUGCCUACCGCUACCACGUCCUGCUGGGGCUGGCUGUGUCCGUGGGAGGCUUGACCGAGUCCACGGUCCGGCACUCCACUCACAGCCUCUUUGAGUACAUGAAGGGCAUCCAGGAUGAUCCGCAGGCCCUGGGCAGCUUCAGUGAGACGCUCCUGCAGGUCUUCGAGGACAACCUUCUGAAUGACAGGGUGUCAGUGUCGCUGCUGAAGAUGCUUGAUCAGAUGUUGGCCAAUGGGUGCUUCGAGGUCUUCACCGCAGAGGAGAACCACCCCUUCUGCGUGCGGCUGCUGGCUCUGUGUAAGGAGGAGACCCGCAAAUCCCGGGACGUGCAGAAGCUCCGCUCGGGCAUUGCUGUGUUCUGUGGGAUGGUGCAGUUCCGUGGCGACGUGCGGAAGCGAGUGCUCCUGCAGCUGCUGCUGCUACUGUGCCACCCAUUCCCUGUGAUCCGCAAGACCACGGCGAGCCAAGUGUACGAGAUGGUGCUGACCUACAGCGAUGUGGUGGAUGUGGACGUGCUGGAUGAGGUCAUGGCGGUGCUCAGCGACACGGUGUGGGAGGCAGAGCUUCCGGUCGUGAGGGGACAGCGGAAUCUCCUGUGUGAUCUCCUCGGCGUGCCCAGGCCACAGCUGGUCUCCAAGCCUGCAGCCUGCUGAUCCGAGAGCCGAGGAUUGGACGCUGGUGGCCACCACGGAGCCUGUGUCACGCAGGGUAGGGGUGGGGCACUGGGGACGCUUCUGUUUCUACUUAGACGUAAAUGCUUCCUAUAAAAUCCUGCCCCAAGCA